AUUGCCAAUAGCUCCCAAACUCGGGGUGGCGCAGUGCGUGCACGCGCGCGUUCGCUCGAACCCAAACAAAGCCGUAAAUGAUUCUCUCAUGUUCUGCUUCCGGUGGUUCUCGCCCCGCGCUGCACCGCUGUGAAAAUGCCGAAGUUUUAUUGUGAUUAUUGUGACACUUACCUGACACAUGAUUCGCCAUCCGUCAGAAAGACACACUGCAGUGGACGUAAACAUAAAGAAAAUGUGAAAGAUUAUUAUCAGAAAUGGAUGGAGGAGCAAGCUCAGAGUCUCAUCGACAAAACAACGGCUGCCUUCCAGCAGGGUAAAAUCCCACCCACGCCUUUCCCAGGAGCCCCUCCACCUGGCGGAUCUCUGCUUCCUCAUCCAAAUAUUAGUGGACCUCCAAGGCCUGGCAUGUUACCAGCUCCACCAAUGGGUGGUCCUCCUAUGAUGCCCAUGAUGGGUCCACCUCCUCAUGGCAUGAUGCCUGGAGGACCAGGUCCAGGUAUGCGGCCACCAAUGGGCGGACCUAUGCAAAUGAUGCCCGGGCCACACAUGAUGCGGCCUCCUGCUCGGCCAAUGAUGUUGUCCGUUAGACCUGGUAUGGUGCGACCUGAUCGAUAAAACCACGGUGCCACGAUUUCCCACCAGAUAUCAAUGCAAGACUCGGCCAAAUAUCUACACUGGUUUUACAGUCGAUUGAAGAUUUUUAUUGCUCAUUUGCGUUUUAUGAUGACUAAUGCCUGCAGUUCAGGAAACAUUGGUUCGCUCGAGUGA